GGGAGGGAGAAGUGUUAUUCCAGAACACUGAGUAAUUUUCUACAGCAAAGACUAUACGUACAUGCACACACUUCAGUUAAUUUUUGGUUUCAUAUACGUCAACUGACAGAUUUGAAAGCCACAUGAAAUUAUCUUGUAAGACACCAACUAAAUUAAGAGCAAAAAGGUCGACAGUACAGACAAAGGAAAAGUAGCAUGUCACUAUGCAAAGAGCUGAUCACCUGACAACACUAAAUGAAACAUUUAACUGAUUCCUUUAACGCUUCAAUGCUUCUCAGACUACUGCAGCUCAUAGAACAGAAGAACCACCACAGAUGUGGAAGAACAGUGAGUGGAAAAGAAGUAUCAGUAGUUAACUAGAGGGCUGAAGCAGCUCACACGGAAGACUGCUGCUUCUGGCACUGAAGGCAUCGGAGAACUUAUAGGUUUUGUCUCUCAGAGAGGCAUUCAUACUUCGCCUUGCCUGUAAGACAUUUAAGAUGCCCUCCACCAAUUUCUCAGACUGCAAUGUUUAUUCUGAAAUGGAGCCAUUUACUUAUUUUUAUUACUUGAUCUUUCUUAUUGGGUUCAUUGGGAGCUGCUUUGCUUUAUGGACUUUCACACAGAGAGAGCAGAAUCGCAAAUGCAUGAGCGUCUACUUAAUUAACCUACUAACAGCAGAUUUUUUGCUAACUCUUGCCUUGCCAGUGAAAAUCACUGUUGAUUUAGGAAUUGCUCCCUGGAAACUGAAAAUAUUCCACUGUCAAGUCACAGCUUGCCUCAUCUAUAUCAACAUGUACUUAUCAAUCAUUUUCUUGGGAUUUGUAAGCAUGGAUCGUUGCCUUCAGUUAAUACAUAGAUGCAAGAUUUAUCGCAUCCAGGAGCCUGGUUUUGCAAAGAUGAUAUCAACAGUAGUUUGGGUAAUGGUUCUCUUUAUUAUGGUGCCAAAUAUGGCAAUUCCGAUCGAAAAAAUCAAAGAAAAGCCAAAUGUGGGCUGUAUUGAAUUCAAAACAAAAGUGGGAAGAGACUGGCAUGUCUUUACUAAUUUCAUAUGUUCUGCAAUAUUUCUCAAUUUUUCAGCCAUGGUGCUUAUUUCUAACUUCCUUGUCAUCAGACUACUCUAUCGAAACAAAUACAGUGGAAGCUACCGCAAUGUGAAAAAAGCUCUGGUGAACAUACUCUUAGUCACUGCAAGCUACAUCAUAUGCUUUGUUCCUUACCAUAUUGUUCGGAUCCCGUAUACUCUGAGUCAAAGCAAAGCUAUAAUCACAGACUGCUCUCUCAAACAAUCCCUCUUUAAAGCAAAAGAAUCCACUCUGCUGUUUGGUGUGUCAAAUCUUUGUUUUGACCCACUUUUGUAUUUUUAUCUUUCAAAGACAUUUAGACUGAAUGUGACUAAGACUUUUGGAUCACAUAAAGAAAAAAACGCUCACCCAGAAAAUGAGUUAACAGAUAUAGCACUAUGAUGCUUCAGCUGAGAACCUGAGGGCCUUUCCAUAUAAUCAAUUCAUUGCACAUUAAAAUGCAUUGUCUCCCAAUUAUUGUGCACAGCUUUCACUUCUUUCUUCCAGGUACAGCUUUAGUUGUAGGGACAUUACAUUUUUUUAGUAAGUGCUAUGUUUUGUCUCCCUCCCCAAAAGAUACUACAUUCAUUGCUAGUGCCUUGUAGAAUUUGAUUGCACACAUAUCAUAGACAAUUAUUUGGUUUCUGAAGGAUGAUGUACAAUCUUGGUCAUUCUCAGAGUAGAUUUAAGUCCAAUGAUUUCAAUGGUUUACUCAGAGUAUAACUUAGCUGGAUAUCACCAAAAGUGUUUAAUGGCAAGUGGCAGUCCUUUUACUUCUGCCCCAUAGACAUUAAAUCACAUUCAGUUAGCUAAAGUGGCAUGACUGAACACUUUUUGAACCUUUUUGAAGAAGGUUGCUUUCAGACUUUUGGCAUUUACAGCUGUGUUCAUAAGCAGCAUGGAACUCAUCUAUGGGACCACACACAAUGGGUCAAGUCCAGAUGCAACACUAAACAUGGUUUGGUGUCACAAUAACAAGCCCCGUGCUUAUCUCUUCUUUAUAGUUGGUUCCUGGUUUUUGCAAUCCACAGUUUGGCAAUCAAAUACAGUGGCAAACUAUGGUAUGCCAAAAUCCAGAAAGUUAAUAACCAAAUGGAACAUGGGCAGGGGAGGGAGGACUGCACAAGAACAGGGCUUGGUCACAUACACAUCUGAAUCAACACAUUGUUAAAAUUAUUUUUAAAAUAAGUUGUUCAAGUGUACAUCACUAUGUGCUCCCCAGGUGCACAGCUAUUAUUCCUAAAGCUUCACUUGUGGAAGAACAUCCCUGUUAGUUUCCACUUCGAGGGGCCUGUUUAUCCCACCCUUCUCCCUGUUGGAGCUGCUGGACGUUAAGAUCAAGAGGAGAUGCCACUUUUGAUCUUGCAACCAGACUAUCACCCACACUGGGUUCUAUGCCAGGGUGGGAAGACUUACACCAGGAGCUUCCAUCUGAAGUUACACCUUUUGGACUAUAUAGGCGAGAAGCCCUAUUAUUGAAACUGUUGCCUCUACCUUAUUGUUUAGUUUUUACUGUUUAGCCCUGUGAUGUUCUGAUGUUUUAUAUGUCUUUGCUUUG